AAGAGUCUCUCUCUCUCUCUCUCUCUCUCUCUCUCUCUCUCUCUGUGUUGGUGAAGGAAAGCAAAGAAAAGCAGCGAUUUUUAUUUUCUGUAGAAAAAGAAAGAGGAUGGUUCUGUCGCAGAAGCUUCACGAGGCCUUCAAAGGGACCGUAGAGAAAAUCACAGGGCCUCGUACGGUCUCAGCCUUCAAAGAAAAGGGUGUUCUCAGCGUCACCGAGUUCGUCACUGCUGGUGAUAACCUCGUCUCCAAGUGCCCCACCUGGUCUUGGGAAUCAGGUGAGCCAAGCAAGAGGAAGCCAUACUUACCACCAGAAAAGCAGUAUUUGAUUACUAGAAAUGUCCCUUGCUUACGGAGGGCUGCAUCUAUUGAAGAGGAGUAUGAAGCUGCUGGUAUGGAAGUUCUUCUUGAUAAUGAAGAUAAUGAUGGCUGGUUGGCAACCCAUGGGAAGCCAAAGGAUAGAAGUUGCGAGGAGGAAAACUUACCCUCCAUUGAAAGUUUAGAAAUCAGCAAGAAUAAGGCUGUGAAGUUGGCCCCUUCACAUGUUGGAGGGGAAGAUGAAGACGAUAUUCCUGACAUGGCUGACUAUGAAGAAGCUGACAACAUUGAAAUAGAUCCUGGAACUUAUAUUAUUGCUCAUGAACCUGAAGAUGACAAUAUUUUACGAACACGAACCUAUGAUGUCAGCAUUACGUAUGAUAAAUAUUACCAAACUCCUCGAGUGUGGCUGACUGGGUAUGAUGAGUCAAGGAUGCUUUUACAAGCAGAGCUCGUACUUGAAGAUGUCAGUCAAGAUCAUGCACGCAAAACUGUAACAAUUGAGGACCAUCCCCACUUGCCUGGAAAGCAUGCAUCUGUCCAUCCAUGCCGACAUGGAGCUGUGAUGAAAAAGAUUAUUGAUGUACUUAUGUCACGUGGAGUGGAACCAGAAGUUGAUAAGUACCUUUUCUUAUUCUUGAAAUUUGUUGCCUCUGUAAUUCCAACUAUUGAAUAUGACUAUACGAUGGACUUUGAUCUUGGCAGCUCCAGCAGUUAGCAACUUAAGCAAGGGGAUUGUAAAUGUACUAGGACGAAGUGGAUCGGAAUUGGAAGUUAAAGAUAUUAUCAUUGAGACUACCGUAUUUGACGUAUCCUCAAAAUCUGCUCCCAAUUGCAUUAUGUUUGACUGCUUGUACAGAUGGCUAAAUUGUUUAUGUUAAAUUCUCUGCGGUGUUGGUAUGUGUUCCAGUGCAUAAUCUCCCAUCUAUUGUUUGAUAGGGUGAUGUUCAUCCCAAGUUAACUAUGUAACUCUGCACAUAACUUCUCCUACUCAUAUUAUGCAAAACACAGUAUAUAAUAUUCAGUCUUCUUCUA